GGAGACGCGCACGGCCAGCCAGGCGCGCGGGGGCCGCGAGGGGCGGCGGCGGCCUCGCCCCCGGGAGCCGGCCUUGCGCGCCGGCCGUCUUACUUCCUCUGCCGCCGCCGCCGCAGCCGCCGCCACAUCCCCGGGCCCGGCGGGCCGCCGCACAGAGACCGCCGGCGGCGUGGGGCGGGGCGGGCCUCCGCGCUCCCGGGACGCCGGGGCCCCGCGCGCUUCGCCCACAGGCCCGGUGAGGCCCGCGCGGAGCUGGGCGCCCAGGCCGCGGGAGAAGCCUGAGGACCGCGGAGGGGGCCAGAGUUUGUGCACAUGAAGCCUUCGAAGCUGCAGUCCACACUGGUGUCCCCACGUGUCCUGAGCACCAUCCCAGGGACCAGAAGCAGGAGAGCUGUGACCCAUGCAGGAUUAGGAAGUUGUCUCUGAAGUCAUUCGCUAUCAACACCAUGUUGAGAAGAUCAAUUCUCCCUGCUGCCCACAAGUGAUGGAUGGCUUAAAGCUGGUGGAAACCAAACCAAAGUGCCAUCUCAGAGCGUGACUUCUGUGCCAGGCUGAGGACUGACGUGCCCCACAUCACUCCUGGGCCACAAUAGCAUGAAAAACACGCACCCUCAAGGUUCUGCACAGGCCCUCACAGGAAGAAUUGUUGAAUGGCUGACAUUUGACAACAUGCACCACCAGUGGCUUCUGUUGGCCGCUUGCUUUUGGGUCAUUUUCAUGUUCAUGGUGGCUAGCAAGUUCAUCACGUUGACCUUCAAAGACCCAGAUGCAUACAGUGCCAAACAGGAGUUUCUGUUCCUGACAACUAUGCCGGAAGUAGGGAAGCUGGCAGAAGAGAAGCACUUCCCUGAGGAACUGAAGCCGACUGGGAAAGUGCUUCAACCCCUGGUCUACAUGGAGCGCCUGGAACUCAUCAGAAACGUCUGCAGGGAUGAAGCCCUGAGGAAUCUCUCUCACACUGCUAUCUCCAAGUUUGUCCUGGACCGAAUAUUUGUCUGUGACAAGCACAAGAUUCUUUUCUGCCAGACUCCCAAAGUGGGCAACACCCAGUGGAAGAAAGUGCUGAUUGUUCUAAAUGGAGCGUUUCCUUCUAUUGAAGAGAUACCCGAAAAUGUGGUCCAUGACCACGAGAAGAAUGGCCUCCCCCGCCUCUCUUCCUUCAGUGAUGCGGAAAUUCAGAAGCGCUUAAAAACAUACUUCAAGUUUUUUAUUGUAAGAGAUCCCUUUGAAAGACUCAUUUCUGCAUUUAAGGAUAAAUUUGUUCACAACCCCCGGUUUGAACCUUGGUAUAGACAUGAAAUUGCCCCCGGCAUCAUCAGAAAAUACAGGAGGAACCGGACAGAGUCCCGGGGGAUCCAGUUUGAAGACUUUGUGCGCUACCUGGGCGAUCCGAACCACAGAUGGCUAGACCUUCAGUUUGGGGACCACAUCAUUCAUUGGGUGACAUAUGUAGAACUCUGCGCACCCUGCGAGAUAAAGUACAGUGUGAUUGGACACCACGAGACUCUGGAGGACGAUGCCCCAUACAUCUUAAAGGAAGCUGGCAUAGACCACCUGGUGUCCUACCCAACCAUCCCUCCAGGCAUCACUGUGUACAAUAGAAGCAAGGUGGAGCACUAUUUCCUGGGCAUCAGCAAACGAGAUAUCCGACGGCUGUAUGCACGUUUUGAAGGGGACUUUAAGCUCUUUGGGUAUCAUAAACCAGAUUUUUUGCUAAACUAAUACAUAGGACCUGUGGAUUCAUAUGUCUUCGUUAGAUCGGGGGCUAACCAGUUGGAGGUCGAAGCACAGAAACGACACUUCCUCCAUCUCACCUCUCCUUUUAGAACUCCCAGGGGCUCCCACAGGCCUCUGCUGGACGCUGUUGUGACUUAGUUUGGAUAUAAGAUGUACUGAGGGCCCUGUCCCCCACCCCUACCAGUGUCAUUAGGAUGGUACUGGCUUUCCCUAUCCUCAGAGGGGAGAAGAGUCUAAACAUUUGCAUCCAACAGACUCACAGGGAGGAGCACUCCACAGCCUCAGCAGCCAUCUCCCUCAGCUAUCAAGGGAACACAGGGCUCUGGUCAGGGGUGUCCAACCUGUCACAGGGUACCGCAGGAUCAGCACCCAGCACUUUCAGGACAGACAGAUAAGCCAGGAGGCUGCAAAAAUCACCGAGGCUCACACAGCAUCACAUCUGAGGAACAGAGUGACACCUCUGGCUUUCAUCUUGGUGCUGCUGUGAUCACAGAGGUGGGACAUUCUUUUCAUGACGAUUGUGUUUCUGUGACAUUCCGUGGUACCCUGAGCAUGGUUUCCAGCAGUCCAUGUUUUUAACAUCCAUGCCCACGUCACCUGCCAAGCGCCUCUCUCAUUUGCCACGAGACAUACAGAUUGCAAAAUUGAGGGCAAUUCUACCUGCGAGGAAAAACAUAUUUGGGGGCCUCAAAAGGAACAAGGUAUGGGAAGAGAGAGAGCUAGCUGUGGAUUCGAGCAUGUCUGUCCAGGCUUACCCUACCUGGGUGGGCAGCAGGGAUCUCUACCUGUCUCCUCCAGGGAUCUCCAAACACUACAAGGGCACCAUGCCAGCAUCUCAGAACUCGGUACAGUUUAGACAUUUUAAUUCCUUUCAUCUCAGCAAAAUGCAUACCAUAGGGCCCGUUUCUGAUAACACCACCAUCCUGGGUUCCAUGGCUAGAAGUUGGGUAAUCAAGUUCACCAGCAAUAAAAUCCUGGCUGAGGCAGCCUCCAGUAAUGUGUCUUCUAGGCACUGAAGCAGGCCUCCGUGAAGAGCAAGCCACAGCGACUAUUUCAGAUGCCGUCCAGCAGCCAGGGCCAUCUGGACAGACAACAGACCAUUUGUUAAGAUACGUCCCCAGUGCUCAGGUCUGCAUAGCACUGCUGAACCAGGGCGAGGGGUGAGCUGGACUUUUCUUAAAGGCAGCCUCAACCUUCCUUGUCUCAAAAUGGUUUCCUGAAUAUGUAAAUGUGAAAGUAAAAUAAAAUUUAAAAUAUGUGCCAAACCUGACACGGGCUGCUUUUCCUGGGGAAGGUGCUCCCAGGCCACAAGUGCCCCUCCCUCCUAGGCCAGUGACAGCAGAUGGGCCUGGGCGCACACAGGAAGUGAGACUCAGCCUCUGUCCAUCCUCAACUGACAAUGCCAAGGUUGUGACACUUGGGUUGUUUUUCUAUGAAUUUUAGCAGAGUCUUGUUCAAAUUUCAGACUCAAUAAGCUGAUCAAUUACUUCUUUCUUAUUUGAAAUGUAACAGUGUUGAAUAAUGUAUGUGAAUUUAAGGCCUUAAAGUUAGUCCUAAUUAAAAUAGCAUU